AUGUCGAAAGAAGUGGAGCAAUUUGUCAAAUACAGAAACGGGGGUGACCAAACCCCAUAUACGUUGUUUGCGUCUGUCGUCCAAGCAAGGAGUUCUUCGAGAAAUCAGAAGGAAAUUGAGAGGAAUCCUUAUCUGUUCUCGGUCGACGUGGAUUGCCGGUGGGUAACGUGCGCAGCGGCGGCGAGAGUCGGUGGACGGAAAAGCAGACGCAAUGCCUCUAUGCGCAAGAGUUCAACCCCUCGUUUGAUACUGAGCGUACACGUGGACGGUAGGAUGGGCGCUGACGUUGCAGUGGGCCCACCUGAAGAGUGGAACACGUGGGAGGAGCUUGUACUGGGAGGCGCUGUGUUGAGGCACGGUACCCAAGACUGGAACACCGUCGCUGAGGAGCUCCGAACCCGUUCCCACCGCCCUCAAUCCUUUACUCCUGAGGUUCGAUUCCUCUCCUCUGUUUGUAAGGCCAAGUAUGAGUACCUGCAAAAGCAUUACUCUGGUGGUUCCAAGUCUUGGUUUGAAGAGCUAAGGAAGAGACGAGUGGAAGAGUUGAAGCGAGAAUUGGCAAUAUCAGAAGAUUCAAUAGGGUCUCUUGAGUUGAAAAUUAAAUCACUCGAGGCAGAUAAACGAGCUUCCAGCCAGGACCAUUCCCAUCUGAUCAAGAAUGCGUCGCCUUUCCCUGUGCUCAAUUCAGGUGAAGCCGUGGAGUCCUCAGGCAAAGAGACAACAAACGACGAAAGCUCUGCAGGAAGCUUCACCAAAGGAACCUGCAAUCACUCAAAAAGGAUUUCAGCCGCAACGACCGAGCAGGACAAGGACACGAUCAUCGAAAAGCUAGCAGAGUAUGUCGGUGGACACGGGCCGGUAACCCUUAAGAAGAGACGAGGCCCGAGAAAGCGGAAGGGUUGUAAUCCAUUAGCCAAAGAACCGAGUAUCGGAGAGAGUGACAAUGUCGGUUCUUCAAACAUUGCAUCCAUUGUCGACUGCGAUCCAACAGCUAAAAACUCCUCCGUGACCAAUCCCACCGAAAUUCCAGAAAAGCGACACACUGUGAUGAAAAUAUUCGAAUGUUUCGCGCAGAGUCAGCCUGCAUCCAUAUUCAGCCAUCGACUCGACAGUCAGAAGCGAACAAGGUACCGGAAGCUCAUCAUGCAGCACGUCGACAUGAGCACAAUAAGAUCAAGAAUAAUCCGGCAGUCGAUCAAGACGGCUGCAGAACUUUUCCGCGACCUGCUCCUGCUAGCCAACAACGCCCUCGUGUUCUACUCGAGACAGACCAAGGAGUACAGGUCAGCAUUGUCUCUGAGACACUUGGUCAGCCAAGAAUACAAGAAGCACUAUUACGACGGCGGCGGCAGAUCUUGCAAAGAAGCUGCGUCGCCGUCCUUCCCGCCUCUAAACCGUCCCGUGAAGCCGCGGAGUGUUCGCCCUCGACCCCCACCCCGACCCCGACCGGAGAAACUCUCCGGUCCCGACAAGGUAGCUAAUGAUAAAGGUAAGAAUGAUGAUGAAGAUCCUGAAGACACUGUAUUGCUAUCUUCCUUGUUGAAAGCUAAGAAAGGUGUCAAGAGGAGGCUUGUAAAGUUAAAUUCUGAAUUGGCUGACAAUACUGCUGUCAAAGUCAAAAAACAUAGUAAACAAAAAUAG